AUGGCAAACAACAUAAGAGAAGACAUUAAAAAUGAUUAUGGCAUUGAGUUGUCAUAUGGAAAAUCUUGGAGAUGUCGAGAGAAGGCUCUUUCUUAUGUCAGAGGGACACUGGAAGCAUCCUACAAAAAGUUACCAUCGUACAUGUUCAUGCUUCAACAGAAUAUCCUGGGACUCGUGCUAGAUGCAAAUAACCAUCUAUAUAAAGUUGCGUUUGGUAUUGUGGACAAUGCGAAUCAUGAUUCUUGGAAGUAUUUCAUGUCAAAGCUAAAGAAAGCGAUUGGGGAAGUUGAGGACCUGACACUUGUAUCUGACAGGCAUGCAAGUAUUACACAUGCCUUGGAAACUAUUUUCCUCGAUGCCUAUCACGGUGCUUGCUACCACCACAUUGGUAUGAAUGUGGUUGCUAAAUUCAAGACUGAUCAUUGUCAUGCUUUUAGGAAAUCCGAGUUGCACACUUACUUCGAAAAAAUCAAAUCAAAAGACCCAGCUAUUGCUCAAUACCUAGAAGGCAUGAGUUUUGAUAAGUGGUCCUGUGCUUACUUUCCUGGAAAUAGAUAUAAUAUAAUGACAAGCAAUUACGCUGAAAGUUUCAACAAUAAGACCUGGGACGCUAGGAGCUUUCCGAUAACUACAUUCGUUGAAUUUAUUCCCUUCACACUGCAGUCUUGGUUCUGUGAUAGGAGAGAAACUAGCAAGAAGACCACUACAACUCUUGCACCGACCUAUGGGAAAGAUUUGGUGGAUAUGGCUGAGAAAGCUCGAUUCUUGAUCCCUUAUGAAAUAGGGAGGCAUGAGUUCCAUGUGUUAGAUGGUGAGCUGAAUGGUGAAGUUAACCUCCUAAAUAAGACAUGCACAUGUGGCGUGUUUCAGCUUAUUGGUAUCCCAUGUGUUCAUGCACUAUCCUUAAGCGAAGGGUGA